ACAUGGUACUGCUUCUCGAAAUACUCCCCGAGUUCGCAUUCAUUUAAAGAUUCCACAUCCCCCUCUUUGCGUCUGACGAGCUCACUCGGGGCUUGGUCAAAAUGAUCGAGACAAAGCAGAUCCCCAUCUGGCUGACAUUUGCCACGACUGUCUUUCUAGACAUCAAUCAGACUCUGAGAGGCCGGGUGAGCAUUGCUUUUGAUGAGCUUCAAGUGGUGGCAAACCAUGUGAAGAAUACGUUGGACGGGUAUUUCGAAUUCUCAAAAUCGAUCCCAGCUCCAAGAACUUGGCCAAAAUCCUACGAAGAAAUGCUUCGCGAGUUUCGAGAAGGUGUCGCAGAAACUAUUCUAAAAGAUGUUGUAUUCCCCUUGAAGUCCAAGUAUUACAAAAAGGUCGACGGCAUCGCACCAGGGGAGACCGCACGCUUUUACCUUCUUAAAGGACAACCAAUUCUUUGCGGGAUGUUUGCCUUCAGAGCUACUCUGGAACUUCAUCAUGGGGGAGUCAACCUGUGCAAUGCAUACCGCACAGUUACGUAUCCUGCACAGUUCUACAAUGCUCUUCGACAGAAGGAGAAUCCUGUACAACCUUGGCCAAUGAUGGAAGAAGCUAUCGCCAUUCACACGGAAGCGAGAGUAUUCGUAGGCAGCGCCCCCAAGACCGUCCAAGAAUCUCUUAGACAGAUCUGUCUAGUUGUGGGAUACUCUGCAUCUGCGUUUGCGCAAAAUCGUCGACCCAAUAGACCACUUCCGAUUUCCAAGAACGGUGCACGUGGCCUGAAAGACGAUACUGUACUUGGGAGCUUUUUUCGAGACGAUCUCGAAGGACGUGGCGGCAGGGUGUUCAGUCUUCAAAACGUGGAGAAGCUUCUGAACGAAGAAGCUAAGACAACCGAGCUGGCAUCAGAUCCGAAGAACAAAGCCCUGAGAAGAGAAUGGGCUACUACGAAGCACUUGACCCCGUUGCAGCUGUUGGAAGCUCUCACGCAAUUCAUGCCUGUUGAGCUGCCAAAGAUUGACUUCAACUACUUUCGCAUGCAUCAACAAAGUGUUGAGCUGCUGCGUCGUUUGAGAGUCGAGUUGGAUGCUGAUCUGAAGAAGCAUUUUGGACCAAUGUACUUCAAGAACGAAUCCCAGCUUCCGUCCGUUGGACUAUACGUGAUUAUUGCCGCUUUCCUAAGCUCCAAAGCCGCUGAGGAACUCAAGCUCGAUGGAACAGGUAGCAAAAUCCUUGAGAAGGCUGGCAAUAUCCUGGAAGACUUCGUUAAAGAGCAGGGAAAUUGAAAAUGAUCUUUCAAAGUGGUUUACGACCCCAAAAUCGGCGUCGGUCGGAGUUAUG